AUGGAGGAUUAUUACAUACUCGUGACAUGGAGGCGUCAAGCGUUUGCCGCAUUGCUGGCCCUCGUCGUAAUCUUGACGCUGCUCGAAGGACACAUGGAAGCUCAAUGGACAUCAUCACGGCGCAACAUGGCAGGGAUGAGGAUCAAAGAAAAAAAAGAUCAUCAACAACGACAGUCCGUGCCCCGCAUGAGGGGUCCGUCUCGCAAUAAUAUUAAUAAUGUCUCUGCCGCCGUGGUCCAUAAGAAGAAGAAUGACACUCGUCCUCUAAAGACAGGAUUGAAGAAGCAACCCAAUCGCACAGAGUCCUCCAACGAAACCAACUUUGCACUACUCAAGGAUGGACCCUUGCCACACAACAGCAGAGCGAGGUCUACGUCGUCGAUAUUGAAGAAGCAACCCAAACGCACAAGGUCCUUCAAGAACAGAGGGAGGUCGUCGUCGUCGCCUUCGUUCGCAUCAUUACAGAGCAGUUUCAACAAUGCCCUCCAAGCCAUGGUCCAGCGAGGUGCCAUGAAUUCCAACAUUUCGUCUCGUGAUCAGGUGCUGCAGCAUGGCUUUCCGAGACUGUGGGAACCAUGCGUGUUGUUGGAACGGCUCCUCGUGGCAAACAACAAAACUUUGGAGGUGGUCGUCCUAGGAGGGUCUGCAUCGGCUCGUCCCGCCAGAGACUGCACCGUGGAGCAGGAGAUGCCGGCACAAUAUAGCAAUCUGCUGCAGCAGAGGCUUUCUACUAUGCAUAGUAGUAGUGAUGAUGAUGACACGUUACCAAAGUUCCGAAUCAUCAACCGGGCUCAGGGUUCCAUGAGCUCGACUACGAACGCCCUUCUCAUGGAUCAGCUCAUUGACCCACUCACCACCGACGUUAUUGUGUGGGAAUUUUACAUCAAUGACGAAUGCGGCGCUCAAGGGGGUGGACCAUCGGAACAAGUACGCAAACUAGAGUUUUGGUUGACCCGCGUCCAAGCGAUCUUUGCGCAGGCAGGGAGACCACCGCCACCCAUUAUUCUCCUGUACUUGUGGCCCAAGGGAGCGGGAAAUCGCCUCAAACGAAACGAAACCAACACGUUGAAAAAGGUCGAUCCCAAGGGUUCCUUGUUAGUAAUCGAUGAUCAUUCGUACUACCGAGGAUGGGAUAUUGCCGUCUUGAAUGUGGCGGCAGCCGUGGACACAUCCACUGUGCUUGCCAACCCAAGUCUCUUGUUUGAUGACGCGCAUCAUCCGAGUUGUACCGGUGUCAAUCUUAUAGCGGAUAUGCUGCAGCACGUAUUCGUGACCAACCUCGCAGCUGAACAAUGUUCCACCACAACCACCAAUGGCAAGAUACAACAACAACACAAAAGAGACGGGUACGGUCGUCCUCCACACGUCGGCAACAUGGACUCGAGAUGGGAGCUACUCUGGACCGAUCUGUUUCGGCAAAAUGCACGUCUAGGGUCCUUGACUGCAUGGGAACCUCGUAUUCAUCACAAUGCCAGCAAUCUGCAAGUCGAAAACAUGGCAGAGAUAUACCACUGGCCGAAUAAGACACUGGUGGGCAAAGCGAAUCCCGGCAGACAAGACCGCAAGUAUGCCUUUGUCUUGCCAACUUGCCAAACGCAAGAACCUCUCAACAUUACCUUGUUGGAACCGAAUCUAAAGUGGCUCGGAAUGAGCCUGACUGGCAACCAUAUUUGGCUCUCUCUGAACCACAACAAACCUGUGAAACUUCCAGAACCAGACACGUCCUGGAACUUUGCCAACGUGUUCAUCAAUCAGUGGAUUCCAGUCCGGCAAGAGGUUGGAGAAGCAGAUAAGUACGUGCUUUCACUGUGCAGCUCCGAUUCAGAAAGCAUUGCCUACUUUCAACACUUGGUAGGAGUAUCCAUCCCCAAUGACAGUGACAGCUUCAGUGGGGUAUCAUAG